AUGGGAAAAAGCAGUAAAGAUAAAAGAGAUCUCUACUAUCGUAAGGCGAAGGAAGAGGGCUACAGAGCUCGAUCAGCUUUCAAGCUGCUUCAGUUGAACGAGCAAUUCCAGCUGUUCAAGGACGUGAAAAGGGUUGUAGAUUUGUGUGCAGCUCCCGGUUCGUGGUCGCAAGUUCUGUCGAGGGAAAUCUUCAGCAGGGACGAACCAGACGCUAAGAUUGUGGCUGUAGACUUGCAGCCCAUGGCCUCCAUACCGAAUGUCACCACGUUACAGGCAGAUAUCACACACCCAAAAACACUGGCAAAAAUUCUGGAAAUAUUCGGAGGAGAACCGGCCGAUUUCGUUUGUUCCGACGGUGCUCCAGACGUGACAGGAUUGCACGAUUUGGACGAGUAUAUUCAGGCACAACUGAUUCUGUGUGCUUUACAGCUCACAACGUGUAUACUAAAACCUGGUGGAAACUUCGUGGCAAAGAUUUUCAGAGGAAGAGACAUCGAUUUACUUUACUCACAGCUCGGAUAUUUAUUUGACAAGGUGAUUUGCGCGAAGCCACGUGCCUCCAGAGGUACCAGUCUCGAGAGCUUCAUCGUUUGCUUGGGCUACAGACCAAGACCGGGUUGGACCCCAACACUCAGAGAGGACGGGUCCACCGAAGAGUUUUUUGAAGGUUCAGGAAUAGGAAGAGCCUCUUUGAGAGACGAUCUGGAGCUUGAAGAAGAAGAACGGGUAAUUGCGCCGUUUAUCGCAUGUGGUGAUCUAUCUGCCUAUGAUUCAGAUGCCACUUACACUCUGGAAGAGGGAUUCUCCAGCACCAGCUUAGACCCAGUCCAGAUGCCGACUGCACCACCUUACAAGAAAGCUUUAGAGAUGAAGAGGAAAGGGUUAUUAAAAUAA